AAAACGUGGAAUACUGGAAAAAUAAUGUUGGCCCUUGCGAAAAUGAUCAAAUUCAUUUCAAUGAUGGAAAAAUUACCACAGUACUGAUUGCUAAUGAUUUACAUUCGCAAAAAAUUGAUCUUCCUAGUAAUGGAAUUUUAUUUUUCGAUGAAAUGACGGAACUGGGAAAAUUGGGCAGCUGGCAGUGUGGGAGGAGGAAGAAUGCGGAAGAAGUAUAUUUCAAACAAAGUCCAUCAUUGGGUUUCUAUAAUGGAUCAAACUGGAUAGUAUCUAAAAACGGAUUUCAAUUCCGCCCAGCGUUACAUGCCCUUCAGGUACCAUCAUCUCAGGACACCGCAACAAUUCUAUCGGAUAGUGCUACUCGAAUAUUGUUCGAAGAUUUUGUUACAGUUGGUGCAUUAAUAUUAGCUGGUCAGGUAGGAGUUACAAUUACCUCCUGCUUUUCUAAUUUUAUUUUUCAAGCAUAG